AUGUGUCCUUUCCUCCGAAACGUGUCGCUUUCCUCAUCCCCCGCUCCGCAUUCAUCUCCCCUCUCCCACUCCCUCGGGGACCUCUGUGCCGCUUCCGCCACGCUCCCGGGAAAGAAGCCUAUCUUUGAGGAAACGUCGUCCUCCUUCGAUGUCGCUUUCAGGCUCUUUCACGGCGAAACGGGUGUUGUCCCGCUCGCGAAGACCUGCGACCGCGUCUCCGUUAAGUCAGGCGAAAGCGACGACGGUCAGAUCAGCCAGUCGCUUUCCGUAAUUCCCGCGCUCAAUACUUCCGGGAUUACCGCCGAGAAGAAGUCAUCACAGAGCAUUUCAACCGCGAAGGAAACCACUAACGCCUUUUCCCUGAUGGGUUACGAGACAGCUGGAGAGCAGGAUCAGGAGGUUUGUCCGUACGCUGCGGCGUUCGCAGGCGGUCUGGGUGCGUCAGCAGCGACGAUCAGCCUAUCGGUGUUCGGCCCAUCCGGACCGUUCAGUUAUGACUCUUUCCGAUCUCGCGGGGAGAGCAGCAAGGAGCAGCAGAGACGGAAGGAGCAGGAGGAGAAGAGGCGACGCGAGGAGGAAGCUUCAAAGUGGAUCAUCGCAGUGCACGCGUCCGUUCCGCUGGUCGCCGUGCUGCGAAAGGCUGCGCUCAUGCCGAACUACGCCAUGGCCUUCACUAUAGCGGCCUCCGUUAUUGGCCAGGCGAUCGGGGCGAGAGUGGAACGGAGACGUCUGAAACAGCUCAAGGAAGGCACGGAGAGUGCUGAAGUGGCAGACACCCUUCCUGGUGGCAGCAUUGCAAGCACCAGCACCAACAGCAACAGCAGCUUCAAGUCUGCUGCCAUUCCAAGGCUCCCCCAGCGCUCUGUCAUGCUGUCUAAGACACGCAACGAUUCCCGGGCUGUUCGUGUCGGGGCAUCAGCAGGGGCAGGUUCUUGCACGGCCGCUGCUGGUAAGGAGGGCGUGAGUGCACUUGUAAGCUCCAUGGCUGUUGGCGCUGGUGGGGGAGCGAGUGCUGGCAGCCCAUUGAAGGUUGCUGCUGCUGCGCAUUGA